AUGAUUCUCUGGGCAUUUGUUACUGUUCUUUGUGUUGCGCGUGCUGCACAUUCUCGUAUUGAUCAGCCAGAUAAAGUAUUGGCUGUGGAGCUUGGCAGCACUGUGACUCUGCGGUGUAUUUCAUGGAAAGAAAACAUUUUUUGGUACAAGCAAGUUGCUGGUCAACAACCUCGAGUCAUAUCAGCAUUUCAGAAACUGAUGGAGCCCAUAUUUUACAAGGAAUUUAAAAAUGAACGUUUCUGGGGCAUCCGACUGAGGAGCAGCACCAAUCUGACAAUCUCCGACAUCAUUCAGUCUGAUGAAGCAGUGUACUAUUGUGCAUCAAGAGCAUUUUAUAUUGAGUUUGGAAGUGGAACACAUCUGAAAAUUAAAGGUCAUCAAGCUGCAGCAUUUGAGACAUCGAAUUUCAACAAAACGUGUCAACAAAAAUGCAAUAAAAACAGCACAACAGAAAAAUCAAAUGUUUCAGAUGAAAGGCUCUAUCCAGCGGUGCUUGGUUUGGCGUGUGCUUUGGGACUUUGUGGAGUGCGAAGCUCUAGACAAGACAAUCAAAUUAGAGAGCAAUGGAAUGCUCAGGACCCUGAUGAUGAAAAUGUGACAUAUGUAGCCUAUACAUGUGAUUCACUCAGAAAAACAUUCAAUCUGGAGGAAAAUCUCAGCAGAGAGUGCAUUUGAAUAUACUUUUUUUUUGUAUGCAAAAAAAAUAAAUAAAUGGUGAAUUGAAAAAAAA